GACCUUCAUCUAGGUAACACAGCAUAACAAGAUCUUUUAUGCUCGUCUUAUAUUGACUUAUUGUUGCUGUCACCAAUGAAGGCAUUCUUGUCGAGCUUUGGGCAUUACUGAUACGGGAAUAGACAUACGUGUUUUUUAGUAUUAUAAAUGAUAGAGAAAACGACGUUAACAUUACGGGAGUUAUUAUAUAGAAGGGUUUGUAAAACUGCCCGAUAGGUUGGGUGUUUUGUAAACUCAAAGUUAAGCCUGUUCUUUACAUGUACUAUAUUCAGUGCGAAUAGAUGUGUUCACUUGUAAGCUGGAACAGUACAAAAAACAGGCAUACAGUGAAUACCUAGUGGCCAGAUGCCAACAUGCUGACGACAAUAUUUCACGAUCCUGCACAUCUGCUGCAGACCACAAUCGCCUUCAUUCUCUUCACCACAGAAUGGUACCACAUCUGGGGUCACACCCUGAUCCUUUUCCGCAUACGGAUGCUGCCCCGUAAGGACCUCGUGCGCAUCCGACUCUACUUCCUGUUCGACCUACUUUCCGUGUUCUGUUCGUCCUUUCUGUUCACCGGCAAACUUCGCUGGUUGGCCGUUAUACAUGCAGCGCAGCACGCAUAUUACUACAUCUUCUGGGAAAAGACUGGGUUUGCAAAAAAAAUUAUCAACUGGAGUUCCCUGGACUACCUGAAAACUAACCUCCGCAACAGAUGGGAACUUGACUCCAUCUUUGGAACGGCCUUCGACAUCAUGGUCCAUAUCUGCAUGACCUACUACCUGGGUCAGUACCUGAACGUCGUACAGGUCACGUGCUCACUGACCAUCGUUCAGGUGGGGAUAAUGUUGUUGUUGUUCGGCCCCUAUUUUGCUUGGGCAAACCCCAGUAACAUCCCAGCGUGGGUCCAGAAGCGCCUCGCUCCAGAUAAGUUGAAAGACCCUGAUGUGGUGCCUAGUUGGAUUUUCGGAAGAGCGGGGGAUUCUGGGAACGAAAACAAGAGUUAAUGGCUGGCAAACGUAGUCAGGCAGACGAGAUGUAAAAAAAAUUCAUUUGGCAUUGUUACGUACACAGUCAGGAAAUGUUUUGUACACACAUACCUAAGCACCAGGUGUUGUCAUGUGAAACCUUUGAGUUUUUCUGGCUUUCUACUGUUUUGUUUUGCAUAGGAUUUCAAUGUAAAGUAACAAUAUAAUAAGUAAGUUUAUCCUUUUUAAACGUUACACAUCAUAUAGGAGCAGGGGUAUGUACAUGAGUACAGUUUAUAUGAGCCUCUUUCUGGGAAAACCGAGCUUAAUGCAUGUGCGUAAACUGUUGUCCCAGAUUAGCCUGUGCAGUCUGCACAGGCUAAUCAGAGAUGACACUUUUCGCCUUUAUGUUGUUGUUUUCCUUUAAUGGAAGACUCUUUUUAGGGAAAAUUCAUUUAAGGCAGAAAGUGUCGUCCCUGAUUAGCAGACGGGGACUGCACAGGCUAAUCUGGGACCAAACUUUCUGCUCAUUAUUUUAGCCCUGUUUUUACAUAUCAUAUUGGUACAGAAUGGUAUCGUCAUUGCUAAAUCACUGAUUUUACAUUUUCCAUAUUAGCUCAUCUUUCAUUUUGAUUAAUUAUCUAUUACUGCAACGAAGUGAAAUAAUCUAUACACUUAUAAUGAACAGUCACAUGAACAGUCACAACGAUAACCUCUUGUACAUUUGUGUUUUAUACAUGUAUCAGGUCAAUGAACUUUGCAAUGGAUAUUUUAAAGAUCUUGAACUGUAGGCAUUGUUUGUAUAUAUGAUAAAACAUGGCAUGGCCAGAUAAUGUGUUUGACACAAGUGCAUAAUGAUAUAACUUGUACCGUUUUGUAUUGCUCUAUUUAUGGUAUUGUGAUUUUGUUUUUUUAAGCAAUUAUCAAUGCAGUUGUUGUUUUCAUUUUCUUUUUUGUGUGUAUGUUUUUGCUAUUGUUUUCUUGUUUGCUUCGCAUACGUUUAAUGAUUGGUUAUAAUAAUGAUAUUUCAAUCCUUAAAGGCCAAAGUGCUUAUAAGCAUCAUUAUUUGCUAACUUGGUUGAUAUGGCUUUUGAUACAGGUUGCUGUCUACUGUUGUAGAAAGUGGCAUAUUUCAGGUAAAUUGAAAUCUCACAACACUAUAUGUCGUCGUUUAUUGAAGAAUACAUUGAUAAUAAAAAACGUUUAAAUUCAAGGUAUUUUUAGAAAAUUAUAUGUUGUAGGUAUAGACAAGUCAUAUUCCCCAAAUGAACUUCAAAUUAACUAUAAAAAAAAAUUAUAAAGAAAGUAAAAUAAACAUGUGCAUGAUUUCUACCAUUUAACAUUCUAAUAAAAGUGGACAUUAUUACUCAUGUAUAAUUUAUAGAGCAAAAAAACAACAAAUGUUUGAAUGACCAGCCCACCUGAUUUUUUCCGUUGUUAGUGAAAAAGAUUUAUAUUAAGACAGAAUUCUGAUGUAUUAUUUGAUAUAUUCUGUGAUUUAUGACUUAUAUGUUUUUUUGUUUUGUAUGUUGUUGAUGUUGUUUCUUAUUCAAUUGUUUGCUUUCAUGAAAGCUUGUUUUUAAAUCUAGAAAUUAGCAGUGAUGUUAUGCACAUUUUCAUUAUUAAUCUUAACAUUUUAUUAAACAUUAUAAACAGUGUUAAAAAUGUUAGUUGUGUUUUAGCCAAAUUCCUGCCUUAUACUGUAGGUAAGCAAAAACUGGCGGGAGAAUGUUAUGGUGUUUACAAUGUACUUUACGUUUAUUUUUCCUGGCAUAUACACAUGUAUUUUGAUUCCUCUGCCAUUCUUAAUGACAACACACAAUUGUUCAAUGGGAUGUCCACUACCAAAGCUUUGAAAAUGGCUUAGAUUGCCCUCAGAAAUAAAUAUUUAAAAAAAUG